CAAGCCAUUUUGGCUGGAUUUUGCGCUGACCAGCGCUGUUUUUUUGAACAAGAGAGUACUUUCAUAGUGGGCUUAUAUCCCAGACUCUCAUUUUUUCACGUACCUUGAAGCCUCAGCAAUGGCCAGGUCUUCUACCGUAGCAUCCGCCGCACUCGUAGCCACCGCCGCGGCGGCCAUCUUUGCGGGCCUGUCUUUCGUGGCGCCAUGCAGUCAGUCGCAGUUGCCGACGCCCGUCCAGUCGCAAUUCGGUGUGGAGCCUCCUACGAUGACCACCCCGCCCACGGCGACCUCGGCGCCAGCAGCCGUCAGCCUUGCCCUGGUUGGCGUCUCCGCAGCGCUGGCGCUUGCGUCCCGCCAGGCCCUCGCCGCUACCCGCAAGGCUGUGACCGUGCCCGCACGGAACCGAUUGGUCUCCGUCGCUGCGUUCGAGAGCGAGCUUGGCGUUCAGGACCCGGUGGGCUUCUGGGACCCGGCUGGGUUCACGGCGGAUGGUAGCACGGAGAAUUUCGCCAGGAGGCGCCAGACCGAGCUGAAGCACGGCCGCGUGAGCAUGCUGGCGACCAUGGGCUACAUCACGCCCGAAAUCACCGGCAAGCUGCCCGGCUACUUGUCGCCGUCUGCUGGCCUGAAGUUCGCGGACAUCCCGAACGGGCUCGGUGCGAUCUCCAAGGUUCCCGCGGCGGGCUGGGCGCAGAUCGUCGCGUACGGCGCGUUCUGCGAGCUGUCCCAGGACCAGUCCGCAGGCACCGCUGCCGCCGCGGGUGACUUCGGCUUCAAGGUGUUGACGUCCAGUGACGCCGCGGAGAAGCAGAAGAAGUUGGCGGCGGAGAUCGCCAACGGUCGUCUGGCCAUGAUGGCGAUCAUCGGAAUGUUCUUCCAGGACGGUUUGACUGGCUCGGCUUGGGGCGAUUGGGCGCUCUACACCGGAUCCCCGCUGCGCGCGUUCGAGAGCGAGCUUGGCGUUCAGGACCCGGUGGGCUUCUGGGACCCGGCUGGGUUCACGGCGGAUGGUAGCACGGAGAAUUUCGCCAGGAGGCGCCAGACCGAGCUGAAGCACGGCCGCGUGAGCAUGCUGGCGACCAUGGGUUAACCUCGCGGACAUCCCGAAGCGAGCAGAUCGCUGUUCUGCGACCAGAAGUUCGCGGACUCCCGAAGCGAUCUCCAAGGUUCCCGCGGCGGGCUGGGCGCAGAUCGUGGCGUACGGCGCGUUCUGCGAGCUGUCCCAGGACCAGUCCGCUGGCACCGCUGCCGCCGCGGGUGACUUCGGCUUCAAGGUGCUGACGUCCAGUGACGCCGCGGAGAAGCAGAAGAAGUUGGCGGCGGAGAUCGCCAACGGUCGUCUGGCCAUGAUGGCGAUCAUCGGAAUGUUCUUCCAGGACGGUUUGACUGGCUCCGCUUGGGGCGAUUGGGCGCUCUACACGGAUCCCCGCUGCGCGCGUUCGAGAGCGAGCUUGGCGUUCAGGACCCGGUGGGCUUCUGGGACCCGGCUGGGUUCACGGCGGAUGGUAGCACGGAGAAUUUCGCCAGGAGGCGCCAGACCGAGCUGAAGCACGGCCGCGUGAGCAUGCUGGCGACCAUGGGCUACAUCACGCCCGAAAUCACCGGCAAGCUGCCCGGCUACUUGUCGCCGUCUGCUGGCCUGAAGUUCGCGGACAUCCCGAACGGGCUCGGUGCGAUCUCCAAGGUUCCCGCGGCGGGACCCGGUGGGCUUCUGGGACCCGGCUGGGUUCACGGCGGAUGGUAGCACGCUUAACUUCGCCAGGAGGCGCCAGACCGAGCUGAAGCACGGCCGCGUGAGCAUGCUGGCGACCAUGGGCUACAUCACGCCCGAAAUCACCGGCAAGCUGCCCGGCUACCUGUCGCCGUCUGCUGGCCUGAAGUUCGCGGACAUCCCGAACGGGCUCGGUGCGAUCUCCAAGGUUCCCGCGGCGGGCUGGGCGCAGAUCGUUGCGUACGGCGCGUUCUGCGAGCUGUCCCAGGACCAGUCCGCAGGCACCGCUGCCGCCGCGGGUGACUUCGGCUUCAAGGUGUUGACGUCCAGUGACGCCGCGGAGAAGCAGAAGAAGUUGGCGGCGGAGAUCGCCAACGGUCGUCUGGCCAUGAUGGCGAUCAUCGGAAUGUUCUUCCAGGACGGUUUGACUGGCUCGGCUUGGGGCGAUUGGGCGCUCUACACCGGAUCCCCGCUGCGCGCGUUCGAGAGCGAGCUUGGCGUUCAGGACCCGGUGGGCUUCUGGGACCCGGCUGGGUUCACGGCGGAUGGUAGCACGGAGAAUUUCGCCAGGAGGCGCCAGACCGAGCUGAAGCACGGCCGCGUGAGCAUGCUGGCGACCAUGGGCUACAUCACGCCCGAAAUCACCGGCAAGCUGCCCGGCUACCUGUCGCCGUCUGCUGGCCUGAAGUUCGCGGACAUCCCGAACGGGCUCGGUGCGAUCUCCAAGGUUCCCGCGGCGGGCUGGGCACAGAUCGUCGCGUACGGCGCGUUCUGCGAGCUGUCCCAGGACCAGUCCGCAGGCACCGCUGCCGCCGCGGGUGACUUUGGCUUCAAGGUGUUGACGUCCAGUGACGCGGCGGAGAAGCAGAAGAAGUUGGCGGCGGAGAUCGCCAACGGUCGUCUGGCCAUGAUGGCGAUCAUCGGAAUGUUCUUCCAGGACGGUUUGACUGGCUCGGCUUGGGGCGAUUGGGCGCUCUACACCGGAUCCCCGCUGCGCGCGUUCGAGAGCGAGCUUGGCGUGCAGCCGCCGGCGGGAUUUUGGGACCCAGCUGGUUUCACAGCCGAUGGCAAUGCGGAGGAUUUUGCUCGGAGGCGCGCCACCGAGAUAAAGCAUGGCCGCAUCUCCAUGCUGGCCGCCAUGGGCUACAUCACCCCCCAGCUGAUCGGGCCUUUCCCGGGUUACCUGUCCCCGCAGGCGGGCCUCAAGUUCGCGGACGUCCCGAACGGCCUCGGCGCGCUGUCCAAGGUGCCGCUCGGGGGCUGGGGCCAGAUCUUUCUGUAUUGCGCGUAUGUGGAGAUCUCUCAGGACCAGACGAUCCCUGGCUCCCCCGCCUCUCGUGGGGAGUUUGGCUUCAAGCUGCUGACGUCCUCCGACCCCGCGGAGAGGCAGAAGAAGCUGGCAGCGGAGAUCGCGAACGGGCGCCUGGCCAUGAUGGCGAUCAUCGGCAUGUUUUUCCAGGACGGCCUCACCGGUUCCGCGUGGGGCGACUGGGCGCUCUACACCGGAUCCCCGCUGCGCGCGUUCGAGAAUGAGCUGGGCGUGCAGGCCCCCCUCGGCUUCUGGGACCCCAUCGGCUACACCGCCGACGGUGACCAGGCCGCGUUCAAGCGCCGCCGGGCGACCGAGCUGAAGCACGGGCGCAUCUCGAUGCUGGCGGCCAUGGGCUACAUCACGCCCGAGCUCGGGUUCAAGUUCUCGGGCUACCUGUCCCCCUCGAUGGGGCUCAAGUUUGCGGAUAUUCCGAACGGCCUGAAGGCCAUCUCCGUGGUGCCCGCGCUCGGCUGGGCCCAGAUCAUCGCCUACAUGUCGUUCUGCGAAGUGUCCCAGGACCAGAAGCCGGGCACCAAGCCUGGGGAGGGUGACUUCGGGUUCAAGGUGCUCACGUCCUCCGACCCGGAGACGCUGAAGAAGAAGCUCUCUGCGGAGAUCGCGAACGGGCGCCUGGCCAUGAUGGCGAUCAUCGGCAUGUUCUUCCAGGACGGCCUCACCGGGUCUCCCUGGGGCGACUGGGCGCUCUACACCGACUCGCCGCUGCGCGCCUUCGAGAACGAGCUGGGCGUGCAGGCCCCCCUCGGCUUCUGGGACCCCAUCGGCUACACCGCCGACGGUGACCAGGCCGCGUUCAAGCGCCGCCGGGCGACCGAGCUGAAGCACGGGCGCAUCUCGAUGCUGGCGGCCAUGGGCUACAUCACGCCCGAGCUCGGGUUCAAGUUCUCGGGCUACCUGUCCCCCUCGAUGGGGCUCAAGUUUGCGGAUAUUCCCAACGGCCUGAAGGCCAUCUCCGUGGUGCCCGCGCUCGGCUGGGCCCAGAUCAUCGCCUACAUGUCGUUCUGCGAAGUGUCCCAGGACCAGAAGCCGGGCACCAAGCCUGGGGAGGGUGACUUCGGGUUCAAGGUGCUCACGUCCUCCGACCCGGAGACGCUGAAGAAGAAGCUCUCUGCGGAGAUCGCGAACGGGCGCCUGGCCAUGAUGGCGAUCAUCGGCAUGUUCUUCCAGGACGGCCUCACCGGGUCUCCCUGGGGCGACUGGGCGCUCUACACCGACUCGCCGCUGCGCGCCUUCGAGAACGAGCUGGGCGUGCAGGCCCCCCUCGGCUUCUGGGAUCCCAUCGGCUACACCGCCGACGGUGACCAGGCCGCGUUCAAGCGCCGCCGGGCGACCGAGCUGAAGCACGGGCGCAUCUCGAUGCUGGCCGCCAUGGGCUACAUCACGCCCGAGCUCGGGUUCAAGUUCUCGGGCUACCUGUCCCCCUCGAUGGGGCUCAAGUUUGCGGAUAUUCCCAACGGCCUGAAGGCCAUCUCCGUGGUGCCCGCGCUCGGCUGGGCCCAGAUCAUCGCCUACAUGUCGUUCUGCGAAGUGUCCCAGGACCAGAAGCCGGGCACCAAGCCUGGGGAGGGUGACUUCGGGUUCAAGGUGCUCACGUCCUCCGACCCGGAGACGCUGAAGAAGAAGCUCUCUGCGGAGAUCGCGAACGGGCGCCUGGCCAUGAUGGCGAUCAUCGGCAUGUUCUUCCAGGACGGCCUCACCGGGUCUCCCUGGGGCGACUGGGCGCUCUACACCGACUCGCCGCUGCGCGCCUUCGAGAACGAGCUGGGCGUGCAGGCCCCCCUCGGCUUCUGGGACCCCAUCGGCUACACCGCCGACGGUGACCAGAGCGAGACGGGAGUGCAGCCACCCGUGGGCUUUUGGGACCCGCUCGGCCUCUCCAGCGACGGCAGUGCCUUCAACUUCGCGCGCCGGCGGGAGGUGGAGCUGAAGCACGGGCGCGUGUCCAUGUUCGCCACUAUCGGCUACAUUGUUCCCGAGUACUACAAGCUUCCCGGAUUCCUGUCCCCAUCCUACGGCAUCGAGUUCAGUGAGGUUCCGAACGGCCUGGGAGCUCUGUCCAAGGUGCCAGCCCUGGGCUGGCUGCAGAUCAUUCUCCUCGCUGGCGUCACCGAGGUCCAGAUCUACAAGGACAGGGUGAACGGUGAGCCGGGCAAUUACGGCGCUGGGUUCCUCGGCUGCAAGAGCAUCGGCCUCACUAGCAAUGGCUUCACGGACCCCGAGUACAGGAAGAUGAAGUUGAACGCUGAGCUGGCCAAUGGCAGGCUUGCCAUGAUGGCCAUCAUCGGGAUGUUCUUCCAGGACGGCCUGACGGGCUCCGCGUGGGGCGACUGGGCGCUUUACACCGACUCGCCGCUGCGCUGAGGGGCUGCGCACACGCAUGUUUUUUACACGACGGCCUCACGGAUUCUGCUUGGCACCGACUCGCAUCUGCGAUGAGGGCGCGGGUAUGAGGGCCACGGAAUGUUCUUUCUUUACGACACCUGGCUGGAGGCUAACAUGGGCUAGUGGGGGAUAGUGAAUGGAAAAGAAGUUGUGAAUUUGUACAGGGUUUGUUGGUCACGUCAACUGGCUACGGUCUGAUUUGCGCUGGUCCAGUGAUGGGAACUUGCGUUGAUGCUACAGAUGGCUUCCAAGAUGGGAUGAACCAGAGAGCUUCAGGGGCUUCUUGGGGGUACUAUGGGAACGGGCACUACGCUGUAGGCUAAAUAAUGCUUGUAUGUCUAUCUGGAGACCAGACAGAUUCCAUGAGGCUUUUCGCCACCUGUCACGGUAUCGCUCUGACUUUUCCGUCGGCCUGCUUGCCCCCCCUGGCGACUGCACGGGCGUACAAGGCGGUGCUAGCAGGCAUUGUGGUGCUGUGCGAUGCGGCGCACACAACUUUGUGGUGCCCCCAAGCCCUCAGAUGCUAACAGGCACUGUGGUGAUCAUACACUUUCUGGCUAGCGGAAAAUCGAUUCCAGCUCGCGCAGCAUGG